AUGAGAGACAGAGGUCGUACAGCAAAUGAAAAUACAGAAAAAAGACCGAUUCCACUGAAUAGUGUUCAACUGCCGCUACAAGACAUGAUGUUAGGACAUGAGAUGAUAGCACAACAAUUCCAUCAUGAUCAGCAGCAGAGAAACGCGUCCAAUCUAAAAAAAGACACACCAAAGUAUAAAACCAAAAAAGAAGCUAGACUACCAGCGUACAUACAAGAAAAGAAAUUAACUGAAGCAAGAAUUCCCAUCUGCGCAGAAAUAGAAGACGACUAUAUGUAUAUAGAAUUAGUAAGAAGUUUUGAUUACGCGAAAAAACCCGAAGAAAAAAAGCGUCUUUGGGAAACAUAUUUAAAUUUCGCUAAUCAAACGGAGUCCUUAUGGCCGAGAGAAAUUAGAAGAUUCAGAAAUCUAAAAAGUCAGAAAGAUAAAAAGACAUAUAUCCAACAGCAAAAAGAAAAAUUCCUGAACCAGGAAGCUGAAUGGAACGAAUAUGCAUCUGAAUUAAUAAAAAAUGUAGUAACAUUACUAAAUAAAGUCGCCCCUAGCGACAAAGUAGAAUACGGGAAAGAAGAACGUAAAUUGCAUGACAGGUUAACAAGAGAGCUGUAUGACUACUGUAAAGAAGGGAUCUACACGAACGUAGAAGCAGUUGAUAGAAAAAUAGAGAAAUUAGAAGAAGACAGCAAGAAUCGGAAUAAAUACCGUGAGGUGAUAGGAGAUGAGAGCAACGACACGCUCAAAAAAGCUAUCAGUGGAAUUAAAGAAUUAAAAAAGAAAGAAAUUAAUCUUCAGGAACAGCUACCACCACAAGCAAAUAACAUAUUCUUAAAAUUAAGACCAGAAGAAAAACAACUGUUAGAUAAAGGACCUAAGAAUACGCCACUAGAACGCGCACUAGAAAAAACACUUAUAAUUAAAGAACAACAACUACAAUAA